AAAUAUUUGACAUCUUUAGAUUAGUGAAUAAAAUCUUUGAAAAUAUUCUAUGCAGUAUAAACCCGUGCCAAUGAACCAUUAAAAACCCACGAGUUCACUUGAGCAUAUUAAAGACAUAAACAUACGAUAGCUUUCAAACACAACAAUCAACAAUGGCACAAGCUAUCGCGAUAAUCAAGGACAUAAAUCCUACUACGGAAAAUUUGACACUACAAGUUAGAGUUGUUCGUUUAUGGACAAUGGCGUCAUUCAAAAAUCCGGAUGAUGUUUACUCUAUUGACAUGGUGUUGUUAGAUGCAAAGGGUGAUAAAAUACAAGCGACUAUCAAGAAAUCUUUGUUGAGAACAUUUCAGCCUCUACUCAAUGAGGGCGAACUAUAUACUAUAUCAAACUAUCGUGUUGGAAAGAGUAGUGGGGAAUACAAGCCUACUGGUCACCCAUACAAAAUAAAUUUUGUAAUUUUGACCCGAGUUAACGUCUUACAUGCGGCAAAUAUUCCUACAUAUGGUUUUGAUCUGGUGCCUUUGAUGCAAUUAUUUCAAAUGGCCUAG